AUGGAGUCCGGUGUGGAAGAAAAGGCUUGGUCUGUGGUUUGGUAUAGAAAGUACGGUUCGACGUUAAAUUUUCAAAUGGGGAUACCGCAUGAAAUACGGACGUAAUGCCUAACCUCCAGAUCGCAAGACAAUUCGACGUUCAUGGAAUAAGUUUCUUGAGACUGCCAGCGUUAACAGGAAACAAAAAAGCAGGAAAGAUGGGUAUGAACGGAAUUGAAAAUUAGAGAAGUUUUGUCAAAAUUCCGAGAAAAUCCGCUUAUGAGUACACGAAGUUUGGCCAGAACCGAGGGAAUGCCUUCACCAUGGACCAUUCGACGAACUCUGGAGGUUGAUCUACACUUUUUGUUCUUAUUCUCAUCGUCGAUUUUCGGGAGGGUAAAUUCCACCGUAUUUUUCUUCCGGACCGUACUCCAUUUCUGGACACACCGGGAAAGACCGAAAAAACAACCGAAAAACGACCGAAAAAAUGAACUCCAAGAAUAAAUUCAAUAACUGUAGAUAUACACUUACUAUGUAUAACAUAUUUGGUAUCAAACAAAAUGGGGUUGGCUGACGAUUCAGGGAAAAAAAGAAUUUUAAAAUUUGGCCAAAAACUAAAGAAGUUAUAGCCAAUUCAAAUCGGGCCACAAAGAUGCCCCACCCUGUACAUGACAUUUGUAGUGAUGAUUUUCUAAAAAGUUUGAAACAGUAUUUUAGAACAGCCUUUUUGCAUUUUCUAUUACAUGAAUUGUUACUCAACAAUCUCCUCUUCAAAAUCUUUUAUUUUACACUGUAUUUGAUAUGUAUUUUGUAGCGCAAAUCCCAUCUCUAAGGGGAGAUCUCUCCCCUUCUUCAAAGCUCAUUUCUUCUUUUGUUUCUGCCCAUUUUCGAUCGGCCUCCAUCUGCAGCUGAACUACCUUUUCGAGCAAAUAAAGUGGGCGAUCGAGUGUUUCUAACUUCGACCUUGUCCCCCCUCGGUAAAAUGGGAGAGUUCGUGGGGUUUAGAGCGAGAAGAGAAAAGAGAAAGUCAUGUUUUAUAUGAUGGUAGAGCCCUGAUGGGUGGAAGAUUAUACGUUUGAAGGGUCAAAGGUUGACAGGGGUUGUUUUGAAGAGUGGUUAUGAGGAAAACACGGGGUUUUGGGUUUUUAAAAAUGGUGCUGUACUUGAUAGCAUCAUCACAGAGGGAUUUUUUGACUUUUGGAUGAUUUGAGGUAUAAAGAAGCUUUUAUAAAGUGUUUCAUAGACAUUUGUGAUAACAGAAAUUCUUUUUGUACUAUCCUAGACCAUCAACGUCACUUCUUAUCAUUCAUUUUGCCUUAAAUUUUCGAUUAUAUUAUACUUGACAAAAGUGAUGAUAAUUAUUUUUUUCAAUGUCCCACAGACUGCUCUUGGUUUUUAUAGCCCCAUUAAGCCCCAAAAGCCUUAAUGGAUCAGUCCUUGCCAAAAUUUGUUUAUGAGUUUACCCAUUCUGACCACUUUUUAUUUUUGAUGACCAAGUAUAAUAUAACUUGAAAAUCUCGACAAAAUCCCAUAUAGAAAUCUUGAAACUCCCUUAUAACGCCUCUAAAUACCUCACAAAUACUGGGUUAAUCGUCUUUCCAUCAGGCAUGACCUUUACCACGCUUUUUUCGUCUUUUUCUCUCCAAUAUCAAGACUUAACGUUCCCCCCUUCAUUAAACGGAAUUGGAAUGGGUAUUUGGAUAGAGACAUCCUGAUUCCGUCUCUCCUUCAAUUUGAUUAUUUUUGUAUUCGCAUUUCGUCUCCUCGCUCCCUUCUCCUGCAAAUCAUCCACGUUCCGAAGCCCCCUUCAUUUUUCUGAAGAAACAUUUUGAUAACAGCCCUUUUUGUUAUGAUUCCUGAUAACGAUAUGCGAAUCCACGCAAAAAACGGAGUCUUUCAGACCAUUCUCUUCAUUUUCCAGCCAAAUUCCCAAGGAAUUUCGUGCCCUUGACCAAUUAUAUUACACUUGUCGGAGCAUGGGUCCACAAGGCGUCGACGUCUUUGUUUAUUUCAUAAAUUCAUUUCCAUAGCGACAGCAAUCCGCGGGUAUAAGCUUCUGCAGCCAUCUGGGGAAUUAGAUAUCGAGUAUUAGCGGAAAAGGAAAGAUUUUAUUUUAUCCCAAGGACGCGCUCUCCGGUUUUUCUCUUUUCGGGUGAUGUGGCGUUUCGUGUCAAUCGACGGAGGCCGCUAAUUCCUCAGAUUUCAAUGAUUUACAUCCGUUUUUUGGAGUUCCAACCGUUUUUAGAACUUUUUUCGGGCGUUACUUUUUAUUUUCAAAAUUUUGUUACCUAAAAUAAUGUUUUUGACUAAUUUCUUUGUCAAAACUCCCCCCAAACUGGUAGAUUCUAAAAUCAAAAAGUGUCUUACGCCAUUUCACACCUUAUAACAUCCAUUUCGACUUGUCGUUUCCACUUUAUCGAAACUUCUCUUCAUUUUUUCUCCAUCAAGCUCAAUUUCCCCAUGAAUAAUAUAAUCAGAGCUCUGUUCUUUCCCGUUUUUCCCUCCGUGUCGUGCAUCUAGAUGCAUUUCCAGUCCGAAAAACGGGUCUGAAUCUGGUCAACCUGCUCUCUCACCUCCGGAUUUCAAGGGUAAUAAAAAUUUUUUCUUUCUUUUUUCCGAAUUUAGGUAACAAACAGGACGUUUCGGCCGGAAAUCCUACGAAUUUAGACAUCCUCGAACGAAUUUUUGUCUCAAAAUGCCGGAAAGGGUUUGACAAAGGGCUGUGCGGUAAAUUAUCCUAGAAAAAAUAAAGUAAUUUAUCAUGGAUAAUGUCCGGAAGUCUUGAUUUAUUGUCAGUUUUGAGAUUCGAGGCAAGAAUAUUUAACCUUUGAGUGGACAGUGAGGUUUGUAAUGCUUUUCGACACAAAUCUCAUUGACAUAACACUUCAAAUAUAUUGUUUUACAUCUGAAUGGGGGUAAAAUGAGUUUUUGACCAGAAAAAUGAUGUUUCAUUCUGUAGCUGGUCGUGCUAUCCUCCACGGAGUUGCCUUAUGCUAAUGUGUGUACGAUUCAGUCUGUAAAAACAUUGGGUUUUACAAGCGCGGCCCAUUUCGGCCGAAACUAAUCAAAACCGGAAUGGCCUGAAGUGUGAAGAAAAACUCGCCGUUCGGCUUUAUUUUUGGUUCCGGACGGGUUCAAGGAAUUAAUUUUUCGGCGGUUUGUUGUGCCGAACGGCUUCAGGCAAGCGGGUGUGCAAGGUGGAGAUAAUCGGAUGAAUGGGCGAUGGCUUAGGGCUAAGAUAUUGGGAAGGUCGGCAAAUUUUAAGGGCCCUUAUAGUGUCUACCUUGUUUCUAUAGUAUUCUGAGAUACUAGGUAGACUUUUCCGGAGUUAUACGAAACAAAAUUAUAUUGUAGUAGGUAUCCAGGUAUAAAAUUAGCUACAAUACAGCCGAGACUCAAAAAAAAGUCUCCGAAAAACUUUUGAAAGAAACAUAUACCCUUAUUAAACAUUUUGUGACACUUCCCCAUCACCCCUAACAGGUUUAGCCGCCAUAAAUAACGCCCUUUCGGAUAAACAUCCCUUCUCUUCCCCCGUUUCCCUGCCAAAUGUCCCAGCUCUCGAUCCGAAUCAAAAGUCAACAAAUGCCCCUGCUGUCCACUUGCCCUGAGGCUGUUCGGAGGAGGUUUUAAGGAAAUUAAAAAAGUUCUGGCCGGCCUUAUUACAUUAGCUAUUCUAAAACAACAUGAAGAAUCGAACUCCGGCUUCGUUGAGAGCCGCGAAUUCUGAUUCACUGAAUGGAAAUCAGUCCACUGUGGAGAGCUCGGAGUGUCAGUAAUAGUUGUUGUGUGCGUGUUGGCUUGUGUGUUGUUUUUUGUCGUAUUUUAGGUAAUAGAGGGAAAUUUUUUUGAUGUUAUAGGAAUCAGACGGGCGCAUUCGCUUUACUAAGCAGUUUAAAAGACUUUUUAAGGUUUUUGAAAGGUCUGUUGAAAAGAUUUCAUCUCUGUCAAUGGGAUUUUAUGUUGCACUUGACAUCCGGAUGUGAAGGAGAAUAUUUUCAUGAUUAGUCCGCUUGUUUUGUCUCUAAACCUCAUUCAUCUCUUUAACAGUUUGUUUUUAAAGCUUCGUUUAUUGCUUUUUGCCCUUUACGUUGUCUACCUGUCCUUUAAAAAUUUGUUGCCUAAAAUAUUAUUUUUCAGCGUUCACCAUGUCAGACUUAUUCUCGGGCCUGGCCAAUCUCACCAAACAGGUCUCUACCACCCUGAACAGUUAUGAGAUCCGGAAAUUGGCCGACAAAGCGUAAGUUUUUAUUGCAAUACCUAAAAUAAUAUUGCAUUUUUUAUACGUUUCUGUUUUUAGUCAAGGUUAUGUCCUAAACUUCACGGAAGUGGAGUUGAAGGUCCGAGAGGCCACUAAUGAGGAUCCUUGGGGUCCGACCGGCCCACAAAUCCAGGAAAUUGCUCAACUUACCAACCAAUACGACGCCUUUCCAGAAGUGAUGGGUAUGCUCUGGAAAAGGAUGUUGCAGGAUACGAAACUGGCAUGGCGACGUGUUUAUAAGGUUAGUCAAGUUUCCUGAGCGGUUUAAAUUAAAAUCGAACCGUUCUUACAUUAAGAUUUGUCUAAAAUAAUAUCGGCUAUACCUAAAACAAUAUUAAGUAAUAUUUCAGUCGCUGAUGUUGCUUCAAGGACUUAUCAAGCUUGGAAAUGAACGGGUAAUCUCCAACGCCAGAGACCAUUUAUUCGAAAUGAGAGCACUGGAAAAUUAUAAAUGCGUGGACGAAAGAGGAAGAGAUCAAGGAGUCAAUAGUAAGUUAUUUUCGUUUUUCUUUCUGUGUUUAGAAGCCAGAAAAAGGGUUUUAUUUGUAAAAUACGAUAUUUGUAUGUAAUUGGGCCUAUUUUAAGUCCGACAUCGAGUAAAACAAAUCAUCGAAUUGCUCCAAGAUGAUGAACUUUUGGUAGAGGAACGUCGAAAAGCUAGAGGAGAGAACAAGGAUAAGUAUCAAGGGUACUCCAAAGAAGAUAUGAUGAUGAAAGGAGGCGUUAGUUCUUCCAAGUCGAGCAGUUUUGAUAAUUGGGAUCGAAAAUCGAGCGGUGGAUUCAACAGUCGAAAGGAUAAAUUCGAUGAUUUACCGUGGGUUUAUUUUUUUAUUUUUGGACUAAAAUGGGGGAUUAGGAAAUUUAUGAGGUGCCUUAAAUUUUAUUUUAACCAAAAAUAUAAGAUUCUUUAUAUUUAAAUUCAUGGUUUUGGGUAGAAGAUCAAGUACAAUAUAAAAAAUUUAAAUUUGAUGUUUUGAUGUCUCUUAGUUUAUAAAAAUGUUUGCAGAGAACCUAAAUCAUCCCGGGAAGUAACGGCCUUUGAUUUUGACGACGGCCGACAGAGAACCGCCUCUCCGGAGCUUGGAAUUCCAGAUGUAAGUGCAAUAUUUUAUUGUUAUUUCUUCAAUUUUUAGCACUCCCAAUCCCAACCAGUGGAUGAUGACGAGUUUGGAGAUUUUGCCGACGCUCGAGGAAACUCAGGCCCAGCGGGGAAUCAGUCCUCGGCCUAUAAUACACUAGGUCUAACGCGAGCCAAAGCCCCGUCCAAUGAUUUGUUCGCCACCCCCAUUCAACCCCCAGCCCCAUCCAGUCAAACCCGCCCACGCCCACCCAGCGGCCCCUCUAGUCCAGUUCAAGCCCCCGCCAAGAACGAAGCCAGUCUUUUCGACCUUGAUUUUGAUGCUCCGGCUCCACAACCAGCAGCGAUUUCUGGAUUUGGAACGAGUCAAAAUGCCCCGGCCUUUGAUCUUUUUGCUAGUCAGCCAAUUCAACAGGCCCCUCAGCCGGCCGCAGAUUUGUUUGGAGAUUUUACCGCGCCCGUUCAGAGCCCGGUUCAAAGCCCGGUCCAGCCAACAGCAAGUCUAAAUAGUGGAAUUGGGUAAGUUUUAUGUAAUUUACAAGUGAGGAGCACAUUGUGUACACAAAAAAUUAAUUUUUAUCGGGUGACAUAGUCAAUCUUUUCUAUAGAAAAUUUUUGUAGGAAACCGAGUGAUCUGGACGACAUUUUCGGCAGCUUUGGCGCAGCUCCAGCCGCUACACCAGUCGCUCAACCUCAGCCAAUCCUCAACAAUAUUAGCAACGGGCUCAGCAAUGGAAAUGGGGUCACAAAACCGGUCGAAAAGAGUGAUGCCUGGUCGUUAAUGGAAAAACAGUAAGUGUAAUGAAGCUAAAAAUUAUUUGGAACCCAAUAGACCCCGUAUUCUACAAGUUAUAUCAGUUUUAAAUCGAGUUUUGUCAAGUAUAAGGUAAUUUUUAUAUUUUUUUAGGCUGGAUGGCCUCACCCUAGGCUCGAACGCGCAGAAAAAGGCCCCCACGAUGAAUGAAAUGAUGCGUCGUUGA